AUGGCGAACAAUCCUCUUAGUACCGAGAGCAUUCUCAAGCACAUGGCAGAUGCCCUUCCCACACAUGUCAAAGACGACACAAAUUCAGACUUCAGCAGCUCAUACGAAGCUAUUGCCCUUUUCACACAUGCUUGCAUGACAGCCGUUGGAUUUCGAUUGAUAGGAUACGGCGAGCAUCAGAAGACAGAAGCAGAAGUCGCGGAAAUAGCCCCACGAUUGUCGUCAAAAUGGAACCCCACCUUCGGAUCGCAUUCAUUCCUCUACGCACAUUCACAAUCGUCAAUGCAAUAUAUUAUCAAGAUUGAUAGGCUGGGGGGCAAAGCAGAAAUCAGAGGUCUUGGUGUUGGCGAUGAGAGAAUCUUUCGAUUUGAAGUUACUGCGAAGGACUAUAUUUCUUCAGCAGCACUCCCACUCAGGAUCACCCUUACAGCAGAUGGUGAGGAAGACAGGUCAAACUUGGAAGCAAAGCUGAAGGAGGUGUUUAUCUCGCCUUCACGAAUCCAAGACCUUGCAUCCGAAUUCAAAGUUACCAUCAUCCAAAAGUUAAUACCAGGACUUAGUAAAGAGGGAUAUGAAGAGUCAGCCGCACAAGAUGCUCGGGACGAGCGGGACGAAGCACACGCUCGACGCAACCCACGAGAAGACCCCCUUCGCGGGGGCAACAGACUGCCAGAACCAGCACGUCCGUAUCCGUUCCAAGACCCCCUCGCCGUAGAUCCUCGCAGACCAAUUGUUCCACAAGGAGACUUCCCACCUCCAGGAUUCGACGACGAACUCGACAUGAACCGUCCAUUACGGGGCAUGGCUCCCCUCCACCCCAGUGCAAGAACACCGUUCAACAUCGGACACGAUGACCUGAAUCCUCCAGGCCUCGGACCAAAUGAUCCUCUCCGAGGAAGCUUCGUAGGCGGUGGAUUUCCGAGACCUGGCGGAAUGGGAGGAAUGCACCCAACCUUCGACGACCCGUUAUUUGGUGGAAUGGGACAAGGACAAGGGGGGGAUCCAAGAGCUCCACCUGGAGCGAGAUAUGAUCCCGUGGGACCUGGUGAUGGACCGCCACGAGGCGCUGGAGGAAGACCGCCGAAUCCGUUUGGUGGAUAUGGAUCGAAUGACUUUAUUUAGGGCUGGAAGUGUGUGAUGAGUUUAUGAAAGGGCAAGGGGAUUGAAUGGAUUCGGGCAGGCACCGGUUGGCGUUAGGAUGGGAACUCUACUGAGGAGAAAUAUGAAAGUGCAAUAUAGUGCAAUUCUAGUAAGUGUCCAGUUCAGAACUAUCCAAUUUGCAUUGUAUAUCACAAGUCUGAGUCGUGAAAGUUUGUGAAGUGAAUAGUUCAUCAUUGCACGAUUCCUAUUUUGUUGCAGAUCGACUCAAUGUCCCAACUUCUUC